CGGAGUGCGGACUGUCGACUGACGAGUGACGGACGAGUCCGGACGACCUCAUCAAAAUUGUAAAUACCGAAAUGGCGAAAUCGAAAAUCCCAUAACAAAAAUAAGAAAUUGGAGAGCUGCCGCGCUAUUGCAACAACAUCAAACCGUUUCGUUUCUAUAAUGUUCUAUGAUCAAACUAACAAAAUGUAAAAUAGUAUAUAAUACCCAUAAAAUAAAGGCCAUAAUUAUUAUUAAUAUUAAAAUAAUUGCACACAAAGCUAAAGGCUAAGGACAGUUUUCGUAUUUUAUUUUUUUUUGCAAUCGCAUUCCCUCGUCCACCGAGUAAACGCACUGCGACAAGUGACAACAAGUAACGACUGUCGGACAGAUACUGUCUACUAUACAGUAAUAUUAUUAUCAUCUCGUCCGCAUUAUCAUCGUCGUUUUUGUUAUCGUUCCUCACUACGCCGUUCCCCGUUCGCGGUCGGCGAGUUCGCUCUACGAUAUUACGCACUACUGAGUAGUGCCAAAGGCGAUGCUUAUCCUUUACGUCUUGUACCACGAUCGUAUACUUGCCAGGCUGAUCAUACUAUUGCUACUGCUGAUGCUCAUGAUUUUCAUCGAUUUUUACGUGACCCACCGCAGUCAAAACUUCAUCAAGUCGUUGAACAAGAAAUCAAACAACAUCAAAGGUUAAACGCCACACCGCCAUGGACACGAUGGCGACAACGUCUUCCGAGGACGACGCCAAAGUGUUGUUCCGCAAGGGAGUCGACUAUGAACGUGAGGGUUUUCACUACGAGGCGACGCGUUGUUACAAGCGAGCGCUGAAGUUAGACCCUGAUGUUGAGAAAAAAAUUGCCGAUGAAGAAUUAGUUUCACGCUCUAUGGAUACAACUGCAGAUGAAAAUAAUGUUAGUAAUGACAAAAGCGAAGACGAAUAUGAUAACAAAGAAGACCUUUUCUUGAGAUUUCAGAGAAUAUUGGGACCUCUAAUUUGCUUUCCAGCACGUCCACAGCUAACCACUCAUUUUUCAGCUCUUCCCCCUGAGCUCGUUAUAUACAUAUUUAGGUGGGUUGUAUCUUAUGAUCUCGAUCUACGUAUGUUAGAACAGUGUGCAGCUGUCUGUCGUGGUUGGUACUUGUGUGCCAGAGAUCCUGAGUUGUGGCGUCGAGCAUGCUCCAAAUUUUGGCCUUCAAAUGUCAACGACUUAGUCCCGUAUGAUGGAAAUUGGCGACAAAUGUUCAUAGAACGACCCAAUGUAUUAACAAUUGGUUGUUACAUAUGUAAAAUAACUUAUGUACGAAGAGGUGAAGAAUCUUUCAGAGACAACACUAAUGGACCUUCUUUUCAAGUUGUUUAUUACAGAUACUUAAGGUUUUUUUCCGAUGGCCGUGUUUUGAUGGUGCUAUCUUACAAUCCUCCUUAUAAAAUAGUAAGAAAGUUACAGACGCGAGAGAAGGCACCUUUCAAUGUGUCCCCUGGACACUAUAGAUUGUCUGGUACACAAUUAUUUUUGACUCUUGACAGCGAAGAUAAGGAACGUGAUCGAGAAUUUAACAAAAAAUAUGGCUGGGAAGACAACACUGAAAGGAAGACUACUUAUAACAUGGUUUUAGAAAUUUCAAAAUACAAAUCCAAACAGAACUGGAAAUUGCAAUGUAUAGACUAUGAAAUUGUUUAUCAAAGUCGAGUUAACAAAGUAAAGGUUACCAAAUACGAUUUAACUAAUAAUCGUUUUCCACCAUUUAUAUUUUCACGCGUAAAAUGCUACUCAAAUGAAUCUGAACGUGUACUAUAAAUAUAAAAUAAUAAGCUCGACCAUACAUUUGAAACUGUUAAAAAGAUUUUUGUUUUGUAAUAGUUUAAUAUAUUAUGUAUUAUUAUUUACUGUAUAUGUAUUGUUUAAGACUAUAAAUUAAUUUAAAUUCUGUACUGAUCAGCGGCCUGUGAUUUCUUCAAAACAAUUUAAUUUUGUUAUCUUCAAUGUUACCUGAGAUUACACAAAACUGUGUAAUUAAUUAUUUAUUUUAUAAAAAUUUAAGUACUUAA